CACAUGUCUCAGCACACCCAUGCCCACGGGCAUGCGCAUGCACAUGCACAUGCCGGCGACGACGUCACAGAGGCUAAUCGCGCGUACUUCGACGAGCAUGCUCACAAGGUCGAGGAGGAGCACCCCGAGGCGCGCCAGGUCGGCCUUAACAGCGUCAACGCGAUGCGCACUGCGUACCCGACCCUCUUCGAUGCCGAGCGCACCGAGGUGCUGGACUUCGCGUGCGGUACUGGCUUAGUCUCCCAAGCCUUGCGCCCACACGUGAAACGCAUCCUGGGGGUGGACAUCAGCCCAGCCUCGGUCGAGAUCUACAACAAACAGGCUGCAGACCAUGGCUUCUCCAACAUGCACGCUGUCUGCGUCGAGCUCAAGGGCAAGCCUGACGAGCUCGACGGGGCCCAGUUCGAUCUCAUCACCUGUUGCGCGGCAUACCACCAUUUCCCCUCCAUCGACGCAACAACGCGGGUGCUCGUAUCCCUGCUGAAGCCCGGCGGCACACUGCUCGUCGUCGACCUCGCAGCGGUCGCGGGCAGCACCGAGCUUAUCCCACCGACGCACCACCACGUCGUCCCGCACGCGCACGGACUGACAGCGGAUACGAUGCGCGCGGCGUUCGAGGGGGCGGGGCUGACGGGAUUCGAGAUGGGGGAGGCGCAUCGGACGAUGACGGCACGGUUCGGGGAGACGCACUGGUUCCUUGCGCGGGGAGUGAAGCCUGUCCAGAAUUGA